GGGCUGAAGAACCUAGUCAAAGAUUUCCCAGAGCAAAAGCGUCCGUCCUUUCACAAUAAUGCGCACGAAGAGAUCAAGUUUCCUUUCCUUCUGUGCCAGCAGGACCAACACGCGACGAAGCCGGACGUCGUCGCGUCUCUUCCUGGUCGUACGUUCCCUCCCCGGAAGAAGGAUGACGACCACGAUCGUUGGCGGGACAUCUCCGUUGUAUUUGAGGUCAAGAACGUGGGAAGCGAAGACCCCAUGCUCUACUGCUCGAAGAGGAACGACGAAACAUUGGUGCAGCUAUCGAAGAGUGCGCGCAACAUCCUCGUUUCUCAGAGCCGACUGUUCGUAUUUGCGGUUGGGAUCUACGGGUCGACAGCGCGUAUCUUUCGAUUCGACCAUGCUGGCGCUGUCUGCACACGGUCGUUCCAGUAUGGGGAGGGCAACGGCGCGGUCCUAUAUGAGUUCCUCUGGCGACUCAACCAUCCGAUAGGCGAGGACUGUGACAUCGUCGGGGCGGAUCCGACUGUCCGGCUUGCGUCUGCCAACACACGCGACGAGAAACGGGUGCUGCAUGCAGCUGAUAUCGAGGCCACUGCGGAAACUUUGAAGGCAUGCCGAUGGAUCACCAUCCACCCUGCUGAAAACCGUCCUGCCAAGAAGUAUCUCGUCUACGAGUUGCUCUUCAUCAAUCCACGCCUGUUUUCCCGGGCCACGACCAUUUGGAAAGCUCUGGAGCUCGACGAGGACGGUGAGCCGACAGGGACCCAUGUCGUCAUCAAGGAAUCCUGGCGUCAGCUAGCACGCGACCCCGAGCUAUUGUAUUGGCAGCGUAUC